GCUUCAGUCUUCACGCUCUUUUUUUUGCUUCAUAUCAGAAUUUGAUUCUGAAAUGUUCUUGUGCAUUGUUAACAAUCGUCUUUCUUAAAUUGUGACGCUUUUUGGUCAAUAGCGCUUUGUAUCUAUCGCGUUUUAACUAAAUUUAAAGUGUGUUGUUUUCUUUCUUUGUUCAUAACAAAGAUAGUUCAAACAAAUAUUAGUGCUCCUUGAUAUUUAACGUUUUAUGCAACAGGAAUACAGUGCUUUCGUAAAGUGGCAUAUAAAUAGUGAAUAUUCUUGGAAAGAGAUUGUCAUCAUUUCAUAACAAUGCCUACAAGUGCAGUUUAUCAGCCUACAACAGUAACUUACGAACAGCAACCAAAUGAUCAGCGAUGGAAUUGUCCAAUGAGUUACUUUUCACGGCGUGUGACGAGCUCCUUAAAUCGGGCAGUCUGCGUGAGGCUUAUCCUGUGUCUGUUGGGCAGUACAUUCUUCAUUAUUGGUCUGGCGCUGUUGAUAGCUGGCGGAGUACAGUAUUCCAACACGCCAGCGACGCCCACACCGCAGGAAGUUGACAAUGGCUUCGGUGCCCUCAUCGCCGGCGGCGUCAUACUGUGCCUCGGGGUACUGUUCGCGGGUGUAGGCGGCUGGGCCUGGUCAUCACGCUGGGGCGGAGGCAAGGAGGCGCCCCCUAGCGGCGCGGCGGCCCUCACAGCUCUGAACCCCUCCACCGAUCCCCUGGUGGCUGCGCAGUACGCUCCAGUGAGGGACGCGCCCCCCGCCCCCGAUGAUGAGAUGAGGAACCUCAUGGAUAAUAAGGAAUGUUUGAGCAGUGCUGAGGAAAGCGAUAAGAUGCUGGAUGGCAGACCAGCUAUCGCGUAAAUACUUCUUGCUGUUUACUGUUAAGUAUCUCUUGUCGGCCAGUUCUGGCCUGUUUUGUCCAUUAAUUCACUAUCAAGUACUGUUAGUACAUUCUUCGCCUAAAAUGACAAUUAAAAAUUACUCUUUUCGAAUUAUUUUAAUUCUAUUCAAUUGAAUUUAUCUGUUUGGAUUUUUUUAUAAUGUAGAAUCCAUGUAUACUGUAUACCCGUCUGUGACGUUAUACCUUUAAAAGGCGUUUCAAAUUUUACUUUGAGCGUAGACUCGCUCGUGUAAGGUACGGACUCAGUAACAAUAAUAUUAAAUAUUAUGUCCUAAAAUAACAAAGAUCUCAAGUGCGUCAAGCAGUAAUUUGUACCUAAGUAGAGUUUAUGUUAGCAAAAAAAGCCUUUCUAGGGCGUCAUACAUGCUGGGUCCGUACCUGAUAAUAUUUUUAUAAAUAGAUAUUGCAUUUCGUGGUACAAAAUAGUAUGUCCGUAGACAUCCUUAGUCCAUUCCUUAAACUUUCAAUAAAUUGUAAAAAAAAAAAGGUUUUACUUACUCAUUAUACAGAGACCGAGCUGCGUAAUUCCUUCAAUGAUAGCCAAGUUUAGGAAUGGACUCGUAAUAUGUAGUUUUGUCGGUAAUAGAACAUUGCAUCACAUUGUAAUGUGUUCACAAUCGUGUAAGUAAAUUAAUGUAAUGAAUAUAUUUUCUUGGUAUUAUAUACACAUGGUCUAACAGUAAGCUUAAAUAACGAGACAUGUGGCCAAAUUGUCGUCCAGAUUACUUAGACUAGUUGUGAUGUCCAUUUCAAAUAAUGUAGGGUAGUUUUAAAUCUCUUCUUUCGCUAUCGAAUUUUUAAAUAAUCGAAUAUAAUAUUGUGUAUACUUAAGGUUCACGAUUCCCUAAACAACUGUAAUCAUAACUUUUAGGGUGAAACCAAACGAGCGAUGUUUUUUAAGUCACGCAUAAUAAUUGUUAGAUUUCAAUAUUAAUUUGUGACUCACGACGUUCCCUGAAAAUCUUCAAUUUUUUAUGAAACCCAACUCCCAAGGUAUUAACAAAAGUAAAAGACACAUAAUUUCAUGCACAUUUUAAAAAUGUGUGUUUAAUGCUUCAAUUGUGCCAGGAUUUAAAUGCAGCAGAAUUUCUGCCGUCUUAAUUACGACCUACGACU